UUUUUUACUAUAUUUUUAGAGACAGCAAUGGUACGGAUUUCUGUUGAUGUUGUCAAUAAAGCAUAUCAGUAUAUAAAUCCUUGUAAACAGCGUGAACUUUCUUUAAGAAACCUUCAAAUACCAACAAUUGAAAAUUUGGGUGACCAAUUCGACGUUAUUGACUUGUCUGACAAUAAUAUAAGAAAAUUAGAAAAUUUACCCAAGCUGAAACGUCUUGAGACUUUAUUAGUGCAUAAUAAUCGUGUAGAGUUUAUAGCGAAGGAUAUUGGAGAGAAUUUACCAAAAUUGAGUACUCUUGCUCUGACUAACAACAAUUUAAGUGAAUUGGGUGAUAUUGACAGUUUGGCACACCUCCCUAAACUUGAAUAUUUGAGCUUGCAAGGCAAUCCAUUGACUAAACUCACAAACUAUCGUCAAUAUGUUAUUUACAAAUUAAAAAGUGUUCGAGUACUUGAUUAUCAACGGAUCAAGCUUGCUGAACGUCUCGCCGCCAAAAAACUGUUUAAAGGUGAAGCCGGAUCUCGUCUAAAACGUCAAAUCGUUCGUCGUUCACAAGUAACUGGUUCAAUUACUGAAAACAUUGAACAUGUCAGAGCACGUCCAUCUGAAGAACAAAAGAAGAUUCGGGAAUUAAUUUCGGGCGCAAAAACUUUGGCAGAUGUAGAACGUGUUAAUCAAAUCCUUCAUGGUUCUAAUUCGCAUCAAAAUGGACAAAAUGGAGAUGCAAAUAUGUAUGAGGACGAUGAUUAA